GAAUAUUCAUGACGGCGGGGUACGCGUAUUUGACUUGAUUUGAGUCGAUUUUUUUCUUCCUGGCCUUUGUUAAGGGUUAAUUUCCCUUGGUUGAAUAAAAAAAACACAGAAUCGAAAAUAGAGGUAGGGAUUAGAGUGGUUUGUCGAUUGAAGUCCCCGAAAGGCUCAAGACUCUUGACAGCUUGACAGUUGCAGAUUCUAAGAUUACAAGUCACUGACACAAGCAUAUAGUGCUCUCUCGACGAAAUUGUACUUGUCAAGUACCAUGAGUUGUGAACGAAGGGGAGAAUAGAUUCAAGUAACAAUCCUUGAGAGUGGGAGAUUGCCAGUGACAUCAACCCUUGACAGACUCUUCAAGUUCUCUCGACUCUACACUCUACGUACCCUCUGACGAUUUCUUCGUAUAUAGUCUGUAAAAUUUCAAUUGUCGCUGCUUGCUUCCCAGAACUCCGAAUUGCCGAACAGUGAUGCUAAUGCUCACGAAGAAGUCACUAUAACACCGUAAACUCACGAAUCCACUGGGUUUACCUCUCAACAAUUCGCUAAUUGAUAGUCAUGCUCGUCUCGAUGAGAAAAUCCUAGAGGAGAUUUUCAAUUAUCUAAAUUUCCCGCACCUUGUGUUCCAUUGUUUAACAUCAAUCGAUCGUUAUUGCAAUUGUGAUUGUUCCUGCCAAGUGAUUAUUCGUCGAGAUGAGUGGAACAAUAAUUGAAAAUUUAAGCGGUAAAAAACUCUCGGUGCUCGUUGUGCUCCUCAUAAUCGCCCAAAUAACGUGUUUUCUAAUUGGGGGACUCGUUGCUCCAAAACCAGCGACCAAUCAGAAUAUCCUGGGGACACCUUGCAAAGAUUCUAGAGUCAAUGGAUCGAGUCCGGAUACGUCGAAAUGGUAUUAUUCACGAGGAAUUGGCGCUUGCAAACCUGAGGAUAUGCAUCAGUUCGAUGUUGACAGUCAGUACAAGGCCUUUCAAGUUGUCUACACGUUUCAAAUGCCUCUACCGAGAAACAACAUGAUCCUGGACUACUCGAGAUGGCAGCAGAAUUUAAUUGGAGUUCUGCAAGUGGAGAGCAUUUAUCACGAUGAAAUUCAUUUAGCCUCAAAGAUUCCGAUGGUGUUGGAUGCACGAUUGGCAUACAGGAACAAAGGAGACCCUGACGACGCCUGGAAGCUGUACGCAAUCUCAAGAAUCGAGAGAUACCUUGAGUGCUCAAUCGCCGACGAAAUUGAACACUACAACUACAACUGUGGAAUGAUUCCACUGUUCGAGUUGGGCUCACUCUACCACGACUACUAUCUCCUCAAUAUUCGUUUGCCCAUGGAAAAAGCAGUGAACGAGGGCCUGGGACAUAUAACGGAUUUGUCCUUGACAGUUAUCAAUCAGAACGGUGGCUUUACCAAAGUCUGGGUCAGUCUCAAGACAAUCUUCUUUCCAAUCGUCAUUUGUUUCAUGACAUGGUACUGGAGACGAGUAAAUUCAAUGUCACGACCACCAGCUCUCCUGGAGUACAUGCUCCUGGCGCUGGGCUCUGCUCUCACCUUCUUAAAUCUACCCCUCGAGUACUUGACUCUCUCCUACGACAUGCCAUUCAUGCUUUUACUCAGUGAUAUCAGACAGGGAGUUUUUUAUGCUGUUCUACUCUCAUUCUGGCUUGUCUUUGCUGGUGAACAUCUCAUGAUUCAGGAUGGCGAUCAAAAGAAUGGACUUAAAUGCUACUGGCGACACUUAAGUGCUGUCGUCGUUGGGUGCCUGUCUCUCUUCGUGUUUGACAUGUGUGAGCGUGGCGUACAGUUGAGAAAUCCAUUUUUCUCCAUUUGGGUGACAAAUAUCGGCGCCAAGCUUGCAUUAUCCUUCAUCAUUCUCGCUGGAAUAUCCGCUGGACUGUACCUAUUAUUUCUCGCCUAUAUGAUUCUCAAGGUCUUCAGGAACAUCAACGUGAAACGAUGUGCUCUUCCCAGCAUGAGCUCGGCGAGACGUCUCCAUUAUGAAGGUGUAAUCUAUCGAUUUAAAUUUCUCAUGAUUGCAACAUUGUUGUGUGCAUCUCUGACUGUCGUUGGAUUUAUCCUGGGACAAGUAGCAGAGGGACAGUGGAAAUGGGACGAGGAACUGGAGAUAGAGACGACUUCUGCAUUUUUUACUGGUGUUUAUGGCAUGUGGAAUAUUUAUAUUCUGGCUUUACUCUGUCUUUAUGCACCGUCGCAUAAAAAAUGGCCUGUUGAACCCACCGAUCAGGGACUCAGUGAGGAAAUUGAAUUUGCUAGAUCGUCCAGUGAACCCAAUGAGAUGCUGUCGCUCACUGCAUUUGCCAGAAAAACGGCCACCGAAUAAAUUAAAUUUAUUCAUUCACUUAUUUUCUCUCUUUUCAGUAUCUUGACAAUGGCGGAGUGUAAAUCUUCAUUCUGUUAAUUACCAGCUGAUGAAAAUUUUGCAUUAAACUUCAGAUAUUUGUACUCGCCAUGAGCAAUCAAAUAGUCUUCUGAAAUGAUGAAGUGAUUGUCAUUUCAGCCCUCAUUACUCGUAAGUUCAAAAGAGGUGAUAUAUUACAGUAAGUUUUAUUUAUCUUAUCGGAGUAUCAUUGCAACGCACAAAUAUGCAGGAUCUUGGGGAUAAUUUCCCCGUAUUUUAGGAGUUAUAAUGGUAUGAUUUUACGGACCAAUAGGACUUCCUCGAUGUGUGUGAAAAUAUUUAGGGUCAUGUAUUCAUUAGAAGAAAAUAUUGAAUUGAUAUUCUUCCAUGUAAAAUUUGUGACUGCUUUAGAUUCAUAUUUUAUGAGAUACGAAAUUUACUGACAUUAUUGUUAGUGCCGAGUAUAUUGCCAUUCGUAGAAGACGCAGCUCCACAAUAUUCCGGAUAAGUCAUCAUGUUUAGAUAAAAGUGCUUGUCACGAAAGUAGAAUAGUGCAAUUACUAUUUUUUAUUUUUCGUUCUAGGUACUCGAUUGAAAUCGAUAUUGAUGUUUCUAUUAUGUUGAAACGUUCAUUGCAAGUAUUUAUGCAGACACCGACUUGUAUUAUUUUUUAUAAAGUUUUCUCAUGGUUUUUUGUCAGAAGUGUAAGGAAAUAAAU